CUCAAUCUCACUUCUCGAAUGUCUGUUCGUCUCACAAACGAUACGACCUACCUAACGGGCAAUGAAGUUCGCCGAGGGUUUGCACUUCAGUGCGUUUCAUUUCUUUAGUACUACAGUAUUGUUAUCCCUGAAACCCAUUAAUUUGGCUUGGGGGUUUCAAAAAAGGAGCUCUUUGAGAUGCCAAGAAGCCAAUGUUGAUAGCUAGCUAUGUACAUGUACACAAUAAAUUCAUCAAGAUACCAAGAGAUGACGUAUGGACUCAGACGUGCCUCGACACAUGUGCGAAAAAUAAUAUGGCCCACGAG